AUGGCUAGCCGAUUACAAGGCGAGCGAGUUUUCUGCCAUCAGUGCGAAAAUGAGUGGGAUCGGGCUCAUGGUGGCUUGACGUGCCCCAGGUGCGAAGGCGAGUUUGUCGAGAUUUUGGAACCCGAGACAAGAUCAUCAUUAGAUCACACACAAAGUCCCCCUCAAUCGCCGACUGCGCCGCCGAUACCACCGCAUCCCAAUCGCUCUCCCUUGCACGACUUGUUCGGCCAUAACCCAUGGGAGCAUGACGACAGCGACCCUGAAGUGCCCCUGCCUGAUCCCCUCCAACACCGACGUUCUCCCAAUAACUUCACUACCUUUGAGUUUUCUAAUCGCUAUAACGCCGGGAGAAUAUCUAUAAGCACUAGGACCGUUCGGAGCGGAGGAUUCGGUAACAAUGAUCGAGACAUGCCCAACCUUGGUCCUCUCCUAGGCCCUCAAGCAAGGCUAUUUGGAACAUUCACCACGGGUACAUUUCCUGGCCGAGACCCUCGGGCUGGACCACAGCCGGGCAACUUGCAAGAUUUGUUUUCGAUGAUGCUCCAGUCUAUGCAACAACCCGACGGUUUCAGAAUGCAACAACGGGGAGAUUGGGACGAGGGUGAAAGAAACCCCGAGCCAUAUCCCACCCCGUUUGAUUUGUUGGGCGCUCUAUUCAACCCAGGACAAGGCGGUAGACACGGAGACAUGGUGUUUUCUCAAGAGGCAUUCGACCAAGUCAUGUCACAAUUGAUGGAACAGAACAGCGGCAGCAGUGCUCCACCACCGGCUUCAGCAGAGGCUAUCCAGGCAUUAGAAAAGAAGAAGAUUGAUGCGGAGAUGCUGGGAACUGAAGGCAGAGCGGAAUGCUCAAUAUGCAUGGAAGAGGUGUCGCUGGGAGCCGAGGUGACGGUGUUGCCGUGUAAGCAUUGGUUUCACGGUGAAUGCGUGACGGCGUGGUUGAAGGAGCACGAUACAUGCCCACAUUGCCGAAGUCCCAUCUCGUCCUCAGCAUCUCGACCACAAGGGAGUGAGUCUUCGGGAGGAAGAAACCGACGGGCGUCAUCCAUUUCAAGUCCUCGGGCACCUGCAUCCGACGGAACCAGACAAAACCCAAUCCACAUACCAGAAACCCCAAGCGAAAUGCGAGAAGCUCGUCGACGGUACUAUGGAGAAUCAUCUCAAGAUGCAGGACACGACCAUCAGGGUUACCGCAGCAGUGAGGAGUCAACGCGGCACUCACGACGAGACAGUCGAGGCCAGCACGGGGACGACAACACAGCCAACAACAAUGGCACCAGUACCAACGGUGGUGGAGGUUUUGGAGGUUGGCUCCGACAUCACUUGCCCUUUUCAUGA